CGUCCUCCUCCGCCAUCUCUUUCGAGCGAGCCCUCCUCCUCUUCUUCCUCCUCCUCAAAUCAGAGCACGAACACACGACACGAGAGAGAGAGAGAAAGGAAGCGGAGGGAGAGGGAUCGGAGGAGAGAGAGAGGGAGAGAGAGUGAAGAGAAAGAGUAGCGUUGAUACACCGUCGAAUCGAAUCGAAUCGUGCCGGACCCCAUCGCGCCCCCCCAUAUCGGAAUCGGGAACGGAGCAUCGCAUCCCUUCCCUUUUCCAUCGCCACCUCCGCCCCUAUCGCGUUUGCGUGAUUCGUACGGUUUAUCACCGCCUCUUUCUCUUCCACUCUCUCCGUCGCUUCGCCCAGCCCACCGCCGCCGCCGCGCCCGCGCCCGACUGGAAGUAGUACCAACAUUCGUUUUCCCCUCCUCCUCCUCCUGCUGCUGCUGCUGGCACUUCGUGUUUUUGUGAUUCUGAUUAAUGGAGGAGUGAGUAGCGCAUGUAACAAGUGGUUUGUGGUGUUGGUGCUGUGCUUGCAGCUAAUCGAGGAGGGAGCGAUGGCGGGAGAAGGAGGCACUGGCGAGCACGCGGCGGCGGCGUACUGGUACGACGCAUGCGAGGAAGGGGUGUCGCUGCUUUGCGGCAUCGACUUCGCCGCGUCCGCCGACUUCGACCCGGGCCUCAUACCCGCGAUGGACACCGGCGCGGACGACGGUUUUGUUGCCGAGAUCGACCGGAUACUCGAGAGCAUCAACGCCGAGAGCUCCCCGGCGCCCCCACCGCCUCCGCCGCCGCUUCCUGAGCCCGUGUCUGUGGCUCUGCUUGAGCUGCCGAUUCAGGACCGGCAAGUACAUGUGGCUUCUGCGCCCGUGGCCAACAAUGCCGUGGUGGUGAUGGACGUUGUGCAGAGAAGUAAUGGCGUGGAGGCGAGGAAGGAACCGAGGAGGGAGUCGCGCGGCUGUGCCACCAAUGGCGGCGGUGGUGGGGAGUGGAGGGACGGGAAGCGCCAGCGCCUCAUCUCUGGCACUGCCGGGGGACCGCAUCAGGAGUGGCGGCGGAGGCCGAUGUUACCACCGCCCUCGCGUGGGUGGGAGGACCGGCGUGGGAGGCGCGAUUUCGACAGGGUUCGUAAGCGCGACCGCGAUGAGCACCAUCGGCGCGAGGCUCGGGGCUUCUGGGAGCGUGACCGUGGUGGCAAGAUGGUGUACCGGUCGGGCACCUGGGAGCAGGAGUCUGACCGCGAGGCAAAGCGUGCCAGAACGCAGGAUGGAGGCUCCAUGGAGAAGAAGGGAGAGGCGGAUAGGACAGGGUUUUCGCAGCGGGAGAAGCCUGUCGCUGAGGAGCAGGCAAGGCAAUACCAGCUAGAGGUGCUUGAGCAAGCAAAGAGCAGGAACACAAUAGCCUUCCUGGAGACUGGUGCUGGGAAGACUCUCAUCGCGGUGCUUCUCAUCAAAAGUGUGUGCGAUAAAAUGCUCAAGGAGAACAAGAAGAUGCUUGCUGUUUUCUUGGUUCCCAAGGUGCCUCUUGUCUAUCAGCAAGCUGAGGUGAUACGUGACAGGACCGGCUAUCGUGUUGGGCAUUAUUGUGGAGAGAUGGGACAGGAUUUCUGGGAUGCUAGAAAGUGGCAGCGCGAAUUCGAGUCAAAACAGGUACUAGUUAUGACAGCCCAAAUUUUGUUAAACAUCCUCAGGCACAGUAUUAUUAAAAUGGAUGCGAUACAUCUUUUGAUUUUAGAUGAGUGCCAUCAUGCAGUGAAAAAGCAUCCAUAUUCUCUAGUGAUGUCAGAAUUUUAUCACACAACGUUGAAGGAGAAGAGACCAGCUGUUUUUGGCAUGACGGCUUCUCCUGUCAAUCUAAAAGGAGUGACAAGUCAAGAGGACUGUGCCAUCAAGAUAAGAAAUCUUGAGACUAAACUAGAUUCAGUAGUUUGUACCAUCAAGGAUCGUAAGGAGCUAGAAAAGCAUGUACCCAUGCCUUUGGAAGUACUUGUCCAAUAUGACAAAGCAGCCACUCUUUGGUCCUUGCAUGAGCAAAUCAAACAAAUGGAGGGCACGGUUGAAGAAGCUGCACUCUCUAGCUCUAAGAGAACUAAAUGGCAGUUUAUGGGGGCUAGGGAUGCUGGGUCUAGAGAUGAGCUGCGUCUUGUCUAUGGUGUUUCAGAGCGUACAGAGAGUGACGGUGCAGCUAAUUUAAUCCAGAAGUUGAGAGCUAUAAAUUAUGCUUUAGGUGAACUUGGACAAUGGUGUGCUUAUAAGGUUGCGCAGUCCUUUUUGACGGCAUUACAAAAUGAUGAAAGAGCAAAUUAUCAGGUUGAUGUCAAGUUUCAAGAGUCUUAUUUACAAAAGGUUGUCGAUUUGUUACACUGCCAUUUGACUGAAGGGGCUGCAAUGAAAAGUGAGACCAAUGGCGUUGAAAUACAGAAUACUGAAAAGCACAACACAAAUGAACUUGAGGAGGGGGAGCUGCCUGAUAGUCAUGCUGUUUCUGUAGGUGAGCAUGUAGAUGAAGUUAUCGGUGCUGCUGUAGCAGAUGGUAAAGUUACUCCUAGGGUGCAGGCUUUGAUCAAAAUACUUCUCAAAUAUCAGCAUACUGAGGAUUUUCGUGCUAUCAUCUUUGUGGAGCGAGUUGUCACAGCAUUAGUUCUUCCUAAGGUCUUUGCGGAACUUCCAUCUCUAAGUUUUAUUCGAUGUGCAAGCUUAAUAGGCCAUAACAAUAAUCAAGAGAUGCGCGCGUGCCAGAUGCAGGAUACAAUUUCAAAAUUCCGUGAUGGUCGUGUUACACUUUUAGUUGCAACUAGCGUUGCAGAGGAAGGGCUUGAUAUUCGACAGUGCAAUGUUGUCAUUCGAUUUGACCUUGCAAAGACUGUCUUAGCCUACAUACAGUCACGUGGUCGUGCAAGAAAGCCAGGAUCUGACUAUAUAUUAAUGCUUGAGAGGGGCAAUAUAUCACAUGAAACUUUCUUGAGGAAUGCUCGGAAUAGUGAGGAGACAUUGAGAAAGGAAGCUAUGGAAAGAACUGAUCUUAGUCAUUUGGAUGGUACUUCUGUAUUUAGUCCUGUUGAUACAUCACCUGGUUCAAUGUAUCAGGUUGAAUCAACAGGUGCUGUUGUUAGCUUGAACUCAGCAGUUGGACUCAUACAUUUUUACUGUUCACAGUUGCCAAGUGACAGAUACUCAAUUCUCCGGCCAGAAUUCAUUAUGCAAAAGUAUGAGAAACCUGGAGGUUCAGCGGAAUAUUCUUGCAAGCUUCAACUCCCUUGUAAUGCUCCAUUUGAGAAACUUGAGGGUCCUAUAUGCUCUUCGAUACGACUGGCACAACAGGCUGUUUGUUUGGCUGCCUGCAAGAAGCUGCAUGAGAUGGGCGCCUUCACAGACAUGCUCUUACCUGACAGAGGAAGUGGGGAAGGGGAAAAGGCAGAGCAGAAUGAUGAAGGUGAACCACUUCCUGGAACAUCCCGCCAUAGAGAGUUUUAUCCUGAAGGUGUUGCUGAUAUUCUACGGGGAGAAUGGAUUUUAUCUGGAAGGGGUGGCUACCAAAGCUCUCAAUUUAUUAAGUUGUAUAUGUAUUCUGUGAACUGUGUAAACGUUGGGACUUGUAAGGACCCUUUCGUUACACAACUCUCAAACUUUGCAAUUAUUUUUGGCAAUGAGCUGGAUGCAGAGGUUUUAUCGACGACGAUGGAUCUCUUUGUUGCAAGGACAAUGAUAACAAAGGCAUCUCUCGUAUUCCGUGGGCAAAUUGAAAUUACAGAAAGUCAGCUGGUCUUGCUGAAGAGCUUCCAUGUUAGGCUCAUGAGCAUAGUACUUGACGUUGAUGUUGAUCCCUCCACUACACCUUGGGAUCCUGCAAAAGCAUACCUCUUUGUCCCUGUAGGGGCUGAGAAGUGCACAGAUCCUUUAAGAGAGAUUGAUUGGACUUUGGUUAACAACAUUGUGAACACUGAUGCCUGGAACAACCCACUUCAGAGGGCACGCCCAGAUGUCUAUCUAGGCACCAAUGAGCGAACACUUGGUGGAGAUAGGAGGGAAUAUGGGUUUGGCAAAUUGCGUCAUGGGACUGCUUUUGGACAGAAGGCCCAUCCUACGUAUGGUAUUAGGGGAGCUAUUGCUGAAUUUGACAUUGUGAAAGCAUCUGGAUUAGUUCCUGCUCGUGAUAGAGGACAUUUCUAUGACUGCCAGAACCAAGGCAAGUUGUUCAUGGCAGAUUCAUGUUGGGAUGCUAAAGAUCUUGCUGGAAUGGUUGUCACUGCUGCCCACUCAGGGAAGAGGUUUUAUGUGGAUUGCAUUUGCUAUAACAUGAAUGCAGAGAAUUCAUUUCCUAGAAAAGAAGGCUACCUGGGGCCAUUGGAGUAUAGCUCGUAUGCUGAUUACUACAAACAGAAGUAUGGUGUGGAGUUAAUCUAUAGGAAACAACCUCUUAUACGGGCCCGUGGUGUUUCAUAUUGCAAGAAUCUUCUUUCUCCUAGAUUUGAGCAUUCUGAAGCUAGGGAAGGUGAAUUCUCGGAGAACCUUGACAAAACAUACUACGUUUAUUUGCCUCCUGAGUUGUGCCUUGUACACCCACUUCCUGGAUCACUUGUUCGUGGAGCUCAGAGGUUGCCCUCAAUAAUGAGAAGGGUGGAGAGCAUGCUUCUUGCCAUUCAAUUGAAGGACAUAAUUGAUUACCCUGUUCCUGCAACCAAGAUAUUAGAAGCCUUGACUGCUGCAUCAUGCCAGGAGACAUUCUGCUAUGAAAGAGCAGAGCUGCUGGGUGAUGCAUAUCUGAAAUGGGUCGUGAGUAGAUUCCUCUUCCUAAAGUAUCCUCAAAAGCAUGAGGGACAGCUUACAAGAAUGCGGCAGCAGAUGGUUAGUAACAUGGUCCUGUACCAAUAUGCUCUGAAUAAAACCCUCCAAUCAUAUAUUCAAGCAGAUCGGUUUGCCCCAUCAAGAUGGGCAGCACCAGGAGUGCUACCUGUAUUCGAUGAAGAGUCUAGAGAGAGUGAAUCUUCUAUCUUUGAUGACGAAUCAACUGGUUGUGAAUUACAGAAGGAUUCUGAUGAUGAUUAUGCAGAUAAUAUGCAAGAAGAUGGUGAAAUUGAGGGUGACUCUAGCUGCUAUCGGGUUCUGUCAAGCAAAACUUUAGCAGACGUUGUUGAAGCACUUAUUGGGGUGUAUUAUGUAGCAGGAGGGAAAAUCGCUGCAAACCACCUAAUGAAAUGGAUUGGAAUUCAUGCAGAGUUGGAUCCUCAAGAUAUCCCUCCUCCAAAGCCAUAUAACAUUCCUGAGAGCAUAAUGAAAAGCAUCAACUUUGACACAUUAGAAGGCGUCUUGGAUAUCAAAUUCCAGAAUAAAGGUUUACUUGUUGAGGCCAUAACACAUGCAUCGAGACCGUCGUCUGGUGUUUCCUGUUACCAGCGUUUGGAAUUUGUUGGUGAUGCCGUGUUGGAUCAUCUCAUAACCAGGCAUUUGUUUUUUACAUAUACGGACCUACCUCCUGGCCGCUUGACUGAUUUGAGAGCUGCAGCUGUUAAUAACGAGAAUUUUGCGAGGGUUGCAGUUAAGCAUAAGUUGCAUGUACAUCUUCGCCAUGGAUCAUCUGCACUGGAAACACAGAUCCGAGAGUUUGUGAAGGAUGUUCAGGAGGAACUUUUGAAGCCAGGUUUCAAUUCUUUUGGGCUUGGGGACUGUAAGGCUCCUAAAGUUCUUGGUGACAUUGUUGAGUCAAUUGCUGGCGCAAUAUUCCUGGAUAGUGGAUAUGAUACAUCAGUGGUCUGGAAGGUUUUUCAACCGCUCCUUCAUCCAAUGGUAACGCCAGAGACCCUUCCAAUGCAUCCGGUUAGGGAGCUUCAAGAACGCUGCCAGCAGCAAGCCGAAGGCUUGGAAUACAAAGCAUCCCGAGCAGGCAAUGUAGCCACUGUUGAAGUCUUUGUUGAUGGUGUUCAGAUUGGUAUAGCUCAGAACCCUCAGAAGAAGAUGGCACAGAAGUUGGCAGCGAGGAAUGCACUUGUGGUCCUGAAGGAGAAAGAAACUGCAGCAAAGAAAGAUGAAAAGGAUGGCGAGAAGAAAAAUGGCUCUCAGAUGUUCACCAGGCAGACCCUGAACGACAUCUGCUUGAGAAGGCAGUGGCCAAUGCCACAGUACAGGUGCGUGAACGAAGGUGGCCCUGCCCAUGCUAAAAGAUUUGUCUAUGCGGUAAGGGUGAAUACUUCUGACCGUGGAUGGACGGAUGAAUGCAUUGGAGAGCCAAUGCCUAGUGUGAAGAAGGCCAAGGACUCUGCUGCCGUUCUUCUCCUCGAGCUUCUGAAUAGAGAGUACCCUGACAAGCCUGACGGUAAGCAGUCGUAGGCACUGUUGUUAUUGGUGGUGGCACUGUGGUGCUAGGCAUUCACCAUUCUUACACAAACACAAAUCAACAUUAGUUUACCCAUUCAGUGCUCUUCAGCUCUGGCCAAUAAGAACAUAACCAGAGCUGGCGAGUGAGAGAGUAGAGGAUUAUUUUUACCUGCGCUGGCGAUUAUAGUGGUCAGGUGUGAUUGUGAUGUGAUAAAUAGGAGCUGCAAUAGAAAGAAAAAGGAUAGCUUGAUAGCAUAGGUUGGCGCGGCGCCUCAUAAUUCCAUUCACCAAUGUGCAAACAAAACAAUGCAUUGAUCCAAUAAAUUUAUAUUACCAUUGCGUCUAUGGA